AGGCGAUGUAUAUAGAGUAGGCCUGGGUAUGUGGGACAAAUGACAACUGGACGAGUACAUAUAUCACGGCGCAUCAUCGCUCUUUGCGUCAACUAACCUUCGGAAAGAACGCCAACGCAGAUUACGCAGACAUGGGCGCAGAGGAGGAUGUCAUAUGGCUCGGUCCUCCAAACUGGGACAGUGCAUCAUCGAAGUGGUACUCCGGGGUGAACAGUAUGUUGCCAGAAUUCCUUCGGCGAAAAAGCUCUCGAUGAGCAUGCUGGUAUGAAAUUGAGGCCUGCUGAGUAGGCAUCAUCCUGGGCGGCUGAUGACCUAGAGCAUGACCAUACGGUAUGGGGUAAGAGACCCUGGUCACUGGUAGAUGCAAGCCUUGAUGGUUAUAGAGCAAGCCGGCGAGAGGGGAUGGGGAUUCCGGGAAAAGAGAAAGGUUUCGAGCCGGGGGCGUAGGACGGGCAGGAGGAAGGGUUUGGGGCUGGUAUCCGAAGGCAUAAGGAGGUGGUGGACGUUGAGGGGCGGAGUCGUGUCCCAGAGGUGGGAGUCGGACGUCGAUAUCAUCGCUUGCGGGCUGAAGGUGUGUCUCGCCGAUCUCAUGGCCUUCGUCUUCCUCCUCAAAGUAUUCUUCUCCCUCUCCAUCCUCGGACCCUCCUUCUUGCCCGUAUUCCUCGUCUUCUUUGUCCUCGCCUGCGUCUUUUUCAUCAUGACCACCAUCCCGAUUAUCACCCUGACCAUCCUCGUGACCAUCAUCCUCGCCAUCAUCUUCGACAUUUUCCUCACCAUCCUCUCGACCACCAGCAGCUUCUGUCUCGGCUUUCUCAACUGCUAUCUGAUUUUCGCCCUUCAUGUCUAGAACAUCCUUCGACACUCUACCCUCCUUCACCAUAGCCUCCAGCUUCACCCUGGUCGAAGGCUGCCACCCAUCAGGGGGCGGCUCCCAAACGCAAUCCUUUCCAUGCUUGCGGCAUUCCUCACAAUCAGCCUCAAACAAAGAUCCACCGGCACACUGCAAGUUCGCUUCAGCAUUGCCGCUAUACAGUAGAGACGGUUGAUUUGGAGAUGGAGCGAGAACGUACCUUGCGCCUGCUAUCUCGGCACGGACCGCAGCCCAGCGUUUGUCGCGUCCUUCUGGGCGGUUUGCGCUUCUUGGUCGGGCUACCACCGCCGGCGCUGCCUCUACUUCUCUUCUUCUUUCCGCUUCUACCAGCUGAAGCUUUCUUGUG